AUGUCAGGAAGACUCGCCGAUGUUUUUGGUCGAAGAGGCGCUUUGUGGGUGUCAAACUCGUUUUGCAUGGCCGGGUGGCUUAUGAUCGCCUUCGCGCAGGGAACUUGGUCCCUUGAUACCGGAAGAUUUUUUAUUGGGGUCGCAUCUGGCGUAACUUCUUACGUGGUACCCGUCUACAUCGUAGAAAUCGCACCCAGAAAAAUUAGAGGCGUUCUCUCUGCAAUUAGUUCGCUCGUGAUGUGUGCUAGUAUCUCCUCCACAUUCCUCGUUGGAUCAGUCAUUUCAUGGCAGAAAUUAGCUUUCCUAUGUACUAUUCCCUGUGUUUUAGAAUUCGCCGGUUUAUUCUUUAUACCGGAGUCUCCCAGGUGGCUGUGUAAAAAUGGUCGUGUAAAAGAAUCGGAAGCUGCACUCCAACGUUUACGAGGAAAAAGUACUGAUGUCACCAAAGAGGCUUCAGAAAUCAAGAAAUAUAUGGACAAUCUUCAAGAAUUCAAAGAAGAUGGAUUCUUUGAGCUCUUUAAGCCACGAUAUUUCCGUACCGUUACCGUAAGCGUUCAAUUGAAGUUAUAA